AGAGGAGGUCAAGACCUUCUGGAGGCAAUGCCAGGAGCAACAUGACCUUCCCAACGACCCCAACAGGUUUGCAGUACAGACCAUCAAGGCCUUGCUCUGCUGUCUACACUGGGAGAAUGCGAUGGUGGCAAUGGAAUGUAAGCGUGGCUGGGACACCCUCCUCCAUCCUGACACCCACCACUAUGCAGUGGGGAUGCUGGCCAGGGAGAUGCACAGCAUUUUCGUCCCCUUCUAUUCCCCGAUCACAACCCACCUGCUCAGGCUGCUCAGCAGAGAGGAGCCCCACUGGGAGCUGCCUGCCCUGGCCUUCCUUGUUGAGCUCCUGGACUAUGUGGAGGGGAGAAAAUGCCAUGAGAGCGUCCUGCCAAUCCUAUCAAGGCACCUGCAGGGCCACUGCCCUGAGAGCCGUCACCUGGCACUCAGAGGACUCCUGGUGAUCAGUGUGGAUCCCUCGAUGGCCGAAAGCAUCUGCAGCCUGGCUGAGCACCUCGUGGAGCUGCUUCAUGAUGGAGACGGAGAUGUGGUUGCCAUGACCCUCUCUGUAUUCCUGAACAUGCUCCAGGACAAGGACAUCGAAGCAUUCAGCUCCACUGCCCCGAAGCUGGCUGAGGCGCUCCGGCCACUCUUUGAUAACGACAACACCCACGUGCAGCUGCUCUCCAUUCGCCUCUUCCAAGAGGUGAUGGAGUUGCUUGCAGAAGAGGGACCAAAGACCUUGAAUAUGCAGGUGUACCAGAGCCUGGUCCCCCUAUUCUUCCAUCUGCACGAUGAGAACCAGUGCGUGGCAGAGGCCUCUCGGGAAACACUGCUUUGUGCUGCAAGUUUCCUCAAGAGGAGGGAUCUCGAGCAGGUGCUGAGGAGACAGCAGCCCAUCAAGUUCUGCGAUUGCCUGAUGGACAAGGACGUCAGCCGAAGGGAUGAGCACCUGCGCCAAGCCCUGCCAUAUCUGCAGAGCCCACAGCAGCCCCUGCGAGAGGUGGCCGUCAGGUUCAUGGGGGUCGCCGCAUGGCACAUGCAAGACCUGCAGCCCGUCAUGAAGGCCCUGGAAGUCAUGAUCGAAGACAACUGCUCCUCCUACUCCACCAUGCAGAAUGCAGUCUUGUCUGCUUUUCGACGGGCAGUAACUAAGUAAUCUUCUCCUCCACCAAGACAACCAACGUGCCUGGAACAGCACCGGACAACAGCAAAGACACCACUUCUCAGCGGUGCUGGGCUGAACCCAACUGAGCCUGACGGCAAGGCCAGGCAGCUCCUGGCCUCUCCACCCCUAUGUACAGCUCCCUCCCUAUGUACAGCUCCCUCCCUGCCUAUUCCCUUCUCCUGCCCACAGUUCAUCCCUCCCAAUCCCCUUAGGUUAAGAAGAUUCAUCCCUCCCCUUCCCCUUAGGUUAAGAAGUUUCAUCCCUCCCCUUCCCCUUAGGUUAAGAAGGUUCAUCCCUCCCCUUCCCCUUAGGUUAAGAAGGUUCAUCCCUCCCCUUCCUCUUAG